UGGCGUAUCAUCAUCGUCAGCAAUCACACACAAACAUCAUUUGUUGUUUAUACACUGAUUUACAUUGAUUUUGCAAAUUCGUCGACAAUCGGUUUGGUCCAAAUCCUUGUGAAUAAUUAAUUUUGAUCAAACCAAAAAAAAAAAAAAAAAAAUUAAUCUUUUGCUUUCAAUCAAUCUAAAUCAAUAUCGUCGACUGUGUUUAUCAAUUUGAUAUUGAUUGGAAUUGAUUUUUUUUUUGCUUCCUCGUAAUCAUCAUAUAAAUAUACUAGUCAAAUUGAAUUGAAUUCAAUCAUGUUACUAUUGAUAAUUGCUAUAGCUUUAUUAUCAAUAAUAUUAAUCUUAACCAUAUUGUUUGCAUUACAAUAUUUUGGUCUAUUUGAUACAAUUAUUGUAUCUAGUGGACAAUCACCAUAUCAAUAUGGUGGCCGUUCAAUUGUUUAUCGUAUUGAUUAUGGAAAAUAUUCCGAUAGUUCAACAUUAUUUACUGAAAUUUGUUCAAUAUUUCCAUCAGAAUUUCGUACAAAAUAUUCAACAUUUGGUAUUUAUAUAAAACGUGAUCAAUUAAAUGAAAAUGAUCGUAAAAAAUUAAUUACUGCUGAACGUUAUGAUUCAUGUGAAUGGAUUUUUAUGAUUGGUGCAAUUAUAUCCAAUGAUGAUCAAGAUCAAGAUAUUAUUAUUAAACAUCCAAUAAUACAAUCAAUGUUAAUGGAAAAAGGUUAUCGUUAUGCUCAAUUACCUGAACAAGUUGAUCAUGUUGUUUAUGUAAAAUUUCCUUAUCGUGGUAUAAUGUCUGUUGUUAUUGGUAGUCGUCGUGUUUAUUCAGCCAUCGAUACUUAUAUUCAGGAAAAUCGUCUUUCUGCAUAUCCUAAAAUUGAAAUCUAUAAUGGCGAUGAUAUCUAUUAUAUAUUACCAUUAUCAAAACAAGAUGAUUUUGUUAAAUUGAUCUCGAUGAAAUUUGCUGAACAAUUACAAUUAUCAUCAUCAUCGUUAACAGAAUCGGAUAAUAUAGAAAUUGUUGAAGAAAUUAAUGAAGAAGAAAUUGUUGGUGAAGAUUCUUCGUCACAUGAAUCAAGUGGCGGUGAACGUCAUUCAGAUUCAUCAUAUGAAUUGGUCGAUUAAUAGUGAUGAAUAGAACGGAAUUUUUUUUCUUAGAGCCAAUCAACGACAACAAAAAUGAUUGUGAAAAAUAUACAUUAUUAGGCCAGAACUUAACAAUUGAAAAAUGCAAUAUGUGUGUAUGUAGGUGUGUGUGUCAAUCCAACUGACCAAUAUCAUUUUUUUUUUUUCAAUUUUGUUCAUUUUCUCUUUUCCCGACAGAUAAUAUAACGUGUUUAUUUUGUUGAUUUAAUCGGAUAAUUGAAUAUAUAUCGUUUACGUACAUUUUUUUUUUUUUUUGUAUAAUUUUGUUUGUUGAUUUUGUCACAAAUACACACACACUCGCAUACGAAUACCUACCGAAAUUUAUAAAAAUGAAAUUAAAAAGAAAAAAAAAUUUCAAUUUUCAAUUUUUAAAUAUA